AUGGGAGAGGAGCAUCAGAGAAAGCGUUCUCGGCAACAUUUCGAAGCAGAUGCGAGGCAAAUAUCUCCUAAAUGCGAAACGUCAAAGUGGUAUUUCAGCAGAGAAGAGAUUGAGCGUUUCUCUCCAUCGAGAAAGGAUGGGAUUGACCUCGUGAAGGAGUCAUUUUUACGGUCUUCGUAUUGCACUUUCCUUCAAAGACUUGGGAUGAAGCUUCAUGUGUCCCAGGUUACAAUCGGAAUCGCAAUGAUGAUGUGCCACAGGUUUUACAUGCGCCAGUCUCAUGCCAAAAAUGAUUGGCAGACAAUAGCAACAUCCAGUCUGUUCCUCGCUUGCAAAGCUGAAGAUGAGCCAUGUCAACUGUCCAGCGUUGUUGUUGCGUCUUAUGAAAUAAUUUAUGAGUGGGAUCCUGCUGCCUCAAUGAGAAUCCAUCAAACUGAAUACUACCAUGAAUUUAAAGAAUUCAUCUUGGCCGGGGAGAGGCUUUUGCUGGACACAAGUGCUUUCCAUCAUCUAGACAUCGAACUUCCUUACAAACCUCUUGCUGUGGCUUUGAAUAGGCUUAACGCUUGGCCUGACCUUGCGACAGCUGCGUGGAACUUUGUGCAUGAUUGGCUUCGGACGACACUAUGCUUGCAAUACAGACCCCAUGUCAUUGCAACAGCCACUGUGCACUUAGCUGCCACGUUUCAGAACGCAAAAGUAGGCAGCAGGAGAGAUUGGUGGUUGGAAUUUGGAGUAACAACUAAGCUAUUAAAAGAGGUGAUCCAGGAGAUGUGCAUACUGAUGGAAGUAGACAGAAGGAGGACUAUGCCGGCGCCGCCUCCGCUUCCAAGAAGAGAGUUAGGUUGGGCAAUGCCUGCAGCGAUGAAGCCGGUCCAUAUGGCUAGAGGCUAUCCGUUUCACAGCUAUCCUCUGCAGUCUUAUAGACAGCCUGGCAUCUGGUGA